AUGAAUCUAACGAUGAAACUACUGGCGCUGCUGGCCCUUCUGCUGGUGCACUCAUCCGGCCACCGGAUACAGCUGUCCGACUCGAUCCUGGACAUCAUCAACACCCGCCACGUGGAGCAGAUCCUGGCCGAACGUCGUGCAAACGCGUCACGCGAACACGAACGCCGCUACCUUGCGCAGAACGAUCUGGACGAGGACGUGACAGAAGACGGCAGUGAGCUCUACCAAACCCCGGAGGUAGCGCUCGAUUUCGACUUCCACGGACGUCGCCAGGGACACCGCCAUCAACCGACACCAACGUACAACGGUUCCGGCGGUGGAACUGGAGCCGGAACCGGAUCCGGUGAUCUGCUCGCCGAUCUGCACGCGUACCGAGGCGACAAGCUGCUGAAAUCGAGCAAAAACGCACUGCUGGUGACGCGCAAGGAGUAUCUAAAGAAGGACUGGUGCAAAACGGAACCACUGGUACAGCGGAUCCGCGAGGAAGGCUGCAUGAGCCGGACGAUCAUGAACCGCUUCUGUUACGGCCAGUGCAACUCCUUCUACAUCCCGAAGUCACCCAAACGCAGGCGACAUGCCGCCAAGCCGACCGUCGCCAGUUACUCCGCUGGUCGGCGGGAGCUGGAUGGUGAUUUCGAGGACGAAGACCUCACAGGACCCGCGUUCCGUUCGUGUGCGUUCUGCAAACCGAAGAAGUUCACCUGGGUGACUGUUACGCUGCGUUGUCCGUCGCUUGUGCCGCAGCUUCGACGGAAGCGCAUUCAGCGCAUCAAACAGUGCAAGUGCAUCGCUGAACCGCUGCACUAA